ACAAUAACCAAACGGCCUUAAAGGUCCUACGUUGGAAGAAAAGGAUAUGACAAAAGACUCGAAAAAAAGACAUUUCUGAUGAAAAUUGGAGUAAUUCUUGAUUAGAGAUGACCGUAGACGACGAAAGAUCGAUUUACGUUGGAGGGAUCCCUUACGACGCUUCCGAGGAGUCCAUUCGCCGAGUUUUCGAUGUCUAUGGCGCAGUCGAUGCCGUUAAGAUUGUUAAUGAUCGUGGCACUAGAGGAAAAUGCUAUGGUUUUGUUACUUUCACAAAUCCUAGGUCGGUCAUUGAUGCCAUCGAAUGCAUGGAUGGCAAGACUAUUGAUGGACGAGUUGUCAGAGUAAAUGAAGCAAGAACCAGAGUUGGAAGAUCAGCUUUUGGUAGAGAAAAUUUUCGACAGGAUAUUGAGAGUGGCAGGGAAUGGGAUCGAGGUCGGGUAAGAGAUCGAAAUAGAGGUAAAGAAAGGGAUUAUGAUUGCGAUAGGGAGCGAUACUAUGAUCAAAGGUCGAGAGAGCGUGAUCGAUCUCGAGACUAUGAUUUGGAAAGAGAAAGAGAUUAUGAUCAUGAACGAGCAAAGGGUAGUUUCUCGGACCAAGAUCGAUUUCAAGAUAGAGACCUGGAAGAUAAUGACAGAGAACAGAGCAGGAGCCUUGAUCGGGAUUGGGAGAAAGAUCGUGGUUUCAACUUUGACAGGGAAAGGGAUAUUGAUAGAGCCAAUGGCCAUGAUAAAUUUGUGGAACAAGAUAUGUCUAGGAAAUUGAAUGGGUCAACUAAAGCUGAUCGACACAGUAGAGAAUUUUUAAGCGAUCUAAAUGAUGACCAACUAGAAGAACAACUGAUUAGAUCGAGCCAAAGGCUUGAAGAACUCAACAAAGAGAUUCUGCAGAUGGAAGAUAAGUUAGAAGAGAAAGGAAAAUCUGUUUUGCACUUGCAGCAGAAGUCCAAGAAAUUGGAAGACUCUUUGAUUAAUGCAAAGAAAACCUCUUCAUACAAUAAGACACACUUGACCAAGCUUCACAAAUGUUUUCUGCAAGUAAAAGAUUAUACGGAAAGACUUAAAAGCAGUGAAAAACAACUUCAGUCUCUUGUUGAUGAGGCGAAGACCAGAGACUUAUAUGUUGGAAUCACAGCAAAUGGCAAUGCGUGAGUCAUGCUCAGUUUAGAAGGCUAGUAAUCUGGAACAAGUUUUUUGGUUUUCUUGGGGCCUCGAUCACACUUGUCGUGCUUUAGUGGUAUAUCUUCUGAUGUAGUAGACCACCAUAUGUGUACUUAAAUAUGAGUAUAUAGGUGUUAGAUAUAUUAAUUAAAGUGCAGGAUAGAAAAGAUUCAACGUUUGAAAUGUACAUGCAAGUUACUUUUUUUGCCGGUUCUGGAGACGAAACUUUUUUGGAUCUCAAGGUCAAGGAUAUAAUUGUUAUUUUCAUGUCACUUUUUCCGUUCUGAGACUCAGAAUCAAGUUAUAAUUUUGCUUGUUACUAAUAAAA